ACAGAAUAUCACUUUUGUAUUGUGAAAUACUGUUUUCCAAGUCUUUCCAAAAGGAAUAUUAAUUGUCUUUUUGUUUAAUUCAUUCCCUUGGUAGUUGCAAUGAAAAUGUAAAAAUGUGUAAAUAUUGAGAUGAAUUAAACUAUGAUUACCUGAAAAUUGCUACAAUAGUUAACUGACUAAAGAACAAUGUAAACAAUGCAAUCUAUUGUUAGUUUUAAACAAGAUUUAACAUGGUGAUAAAGCUGUUUCUCUGUAAGUGCAGAGUCUUAUCUUUAGUUUUGUAGUCUCAGUUGUCACUCUUGGUUUCUUAGUUACCAUGGGGCCACCUGCUCUGCUCAGGUGUAAUGUUAGCGUGAGUGUCGGGUAGUCUAAUGUGAGAUCUGUCUGUUUAACAUUUGUUUGGAGGUCUGACUGAGGAAAUGUGCUACAUUAAAGUCUGCUUUUUACAUCACAUCAACCUUUAACAUACACCAUCUUACAAGGAUGCCUAUGGGGAAAAAGGUUCGCUCUUCUUCAGCUUCAGGAAGAUUGCAAACCCAACAUGUGACCAGCAUCCUCUCUGAACUGGGGAGUACAGGGGAGAGGACGAGAAAAACUUCUGGGCCAGGUAGUCGGGAUGAGAAAGUCACAGAUGACUUCUCAGCACCAGGACGAGUGGGCAUCAGCGAGGACAGAAAAGAGCAUCCAGAAUGGCUGGUUCGAGAGCUGCUGAAACAGAACAGGCGAAGACACUCUGUCACACUUGGAGAUCAGGCUCAAAUCAUGAGACGACAACACCACAGUAUUGACUCAACUCGCAGUCUCUGCAGCCUCAAGAUUGAUGAGACGAUAUCAUUCGACAACCUACAGAAACUGAAACUAGCAUUUGAGCAAUUUGAAACGGGUGGCUUGAGAUCCAUUGAUGCGAAGAAUUUUGGACGUAUAAUGAAGAAGUGUUUGGGUUUGCCUAAGACAAGCAAUGCACAGAUUCAAGGGUUAUUUAAGAAGAUUGAUUAUUCAGGCCAAGGAAGGAUUUCAUGGGGUGAGUUCUGCACGCACAUGCUGCAGGAGUACAAAGAGAAGCAGGAAAGUGCAAGACGCAGUAAGCAGGUGGCUUUCACUAUGCCAGCCACUAUGAAGGAGUUGUGUCAUGGCGUUCCCAUCGUCAACAUCCACUCCACCCAUGAUGGCACCAUCGUCACAGUGCAAGAAGAUGGAGUUGUUUGCUACUGGAGCCCUGAACUUAAACCACUGAAGACCAAACACAUGUUUAAUGAAGGACCUGCAAACAGGAAGUCAAAGUGGGCAAGUGAUUUUACUCUGAUGACAGAGUACAACAAGUUGAUGAUCGGAACGGGGGACAGAGAGAUCCAACUUUAUGAGCUUUCCACGCUGGAGCCUUAUUGCCAGAUCAAUGCACUAGACACAGUGCCUUUGACAUUAGACUACAGCUACACUGGCCCUGAUAAAUGUUGUAUUCUGUAUGGAGACACUGAGGGAUGUGUGACCAUCAUUUUAAUAUCCUCUGUUGGAGAUACCCUCAGAUUAUGGAAUAAAUUACCAAAGGUUGUAAAUAUACCCAACAUAGCGAUUGACAAUGCAGUGCUUUCUCCGAAUGUGACAUUUGUAAGAUGGAAGGUUCAUCAGGACUGGGUAACACAGGCAAAAUAUAUUCAAAGUUUUCAAGCUGUUGUCUCCUCAUCAAAUGAAGAAUCUUCGUCUCUCGUUAUAGGCUGUGUGCUGCCUUUAACAGACGCUGAGCAGCAGCUGAGUGAGAUUAGAGAGGCCUGCUAUGAAGGUAAGACCAAGAAGGUCCAACUGAGCUGGACUCCACAGCUCCGGGCAUCAUGUGACCAGACAGUUUUCACCAUCCAAAAAGGUGUCAAGACUUUUGAUCUUUGUCGAAAGCACAGCUUGCUGGUCACUGGAGGCAUGGACAGACUCAUACGCAUGUGGAACCCGCAUUUUUCUGGGAAACCAACUGGUAUUUUGAAAGGCCACUCUGCUCCCAUCGUCUACCUCUGCAUCCUUUCAGCGGACAGUCAGAUCUUCUCUGUCUCCAUAGACGGCUCUGUGAAAAUCUGGGAUAUUCAAGAUCAGUAUUGCUUGUUUACAGCAGACCCCAAAUCAAGCAGGAUUCAUGGUGACAUAUCUGCAUGCUCGUAUUCCUCUGCUAUGAAAUCCCUUUACAUUGCAGCUGACUGUUUGGCUGUGCUCUCCCUGAAGAUAAGGCUACGGCUUCACAGCCGUUUGACUGUUUCACAUAAUGAGCCUGUAAUGUGCUGCGGCUACAGUGAGGAGUUUCGUCAAGUUGUCAGCUGCACCGAGGGAUCUGUGGUGAAAGUCUGGGAUUUUGACACUGGUCGUCAGGUUUUUGAGUUUGGUGGCACUCAUGACCUGUCUGCCAUCACGUGCAUGACUUUUGACCCUAAAGGGAGGCGACUCAUUACAGGUGGAAGGGAUGGUUGUUUAAAGAUCUGGAACUUCAACAAUGGUCAGUGUCUAAAGACACUAAAGAAGGAUGGUGAAUGUCAUGAGGUGUGUGACUGCAUCUUUCUGAAAGUUCACAGGAAUUUGUAUGUGAUGUCUGUCGGCCGGGACCGGAAGAUUGACAUUUACUCAGACACACCCGAGGACCUUCAUCAUGUCCAGAGGCCGCAGCCUUCAUGGCAGGAUGAUCUGAAAAAUGGCCAUAAGGAGGACAUCCUUUGUGUGGCGCAGUGUCCCCCAUCUCUCCUAGCCACCAGCAGCUAUGAUGGAGAGAUUAUAGUGUGGAAUGUGGUUUCUAGACGUAUACAGUGUCGGUUUGUCAGCCCUCUUCUAGCUGAGCACCAAAAUGUUGAAGGACUGGAUACAAGUGUCCCAAGCAUCAUUUUCCUUAAGAACUCCAAGUUACAGCAGUAUUCCUCGGCUACAGCUCUCCUGUCAUCUGGGGCCAUGGGUUCUAUAAAUCUCUGGAACGUGCUCAGUGGAGGAAAAUUUGUGGGCAACUUCAAGGCUUCUAGAUUCCAACAAAAGAUUAUAAAACUGGCUAAAACAGACAAGGACACUUUGCUGUACGCUGCAGACCAAAUUGGUUAUGUCUACAUUUACAACAUGGAGAAGUUUUCCCCUGAGCAAAAAUCACCUAGAGUUGAAUACUUCUGGCGUGCCCACACCAGCAGCAUUACUGGCCUGCAGAUUGUUGACGUUGAUCAAGUGCUGCUUACCUCAUCCACUGACUACACUGUGCGCCUUUGGAGUGCACAUGGAGAAUUCAUAGGGACCUUUGGGCAGUCUGAGAGCUGGAGCAUCCACAUCUCCUCUUCUUGGAAGCAUCCUGCUGUCCCCUAUGAGAUUCUGAUUGAUCCUCUGAGUAUGCCAGAUCAUGAAAUUCUGAAUGUAAAAACAUGCCUUUCUGAUGCCAUCAAUCCUGACAAGACUGAGGCUCAUAUAGGGGAACUAAAGCCAGAGACGCACAGCAAGCUGAGACUUCCUCCAACAUCCAUCAGUGACACAGACAUUGAGGAAGAUUAAAAGCAUGUUUUACCCAGAGGAACACAAGGGUGGGCUCUGUCAUGAAAUUGUCAGGCAUACUAACAAGCAAUCGAACCACUGUGCUCUGAAAGGCUUUGAUACUGUGGAGCCACCAAACACUAUUGAAAGACCUGACCCCUCCCUUGCUGGUAUCGAUCCUUUCAUAAGCAGCACUGAGGAACUGGAGUCAACUGAAUAAGAUGAAACUGUAUUGAUCACAACUGGAAAACUGGGUCAUUGCAGCAUCCAGUACCAUAAAGACAGAGCAAAGAAAAAAUAAAUAGAAUGAAAUAAUAGUGAGAAUUCGGGCUGUGUGUAAUCACACCCAACUGGAUUUUUCAACAACAGACCAUGUGAAGUAAAACAAUGAAUAAAUGAAAGUGUUAAAGAGAAAAUGUGACGAUAACUGAAAUGAUCAUUAAUCCAAACUAAGCCUGCACAAGUGCUCGCUGGAAGGUUUCUACAAGUUCUGCAGGAUCUACAGCUGCUCGCGUUUAAAAAGGAGCUGAGUAAACGGCUUUCCAGAGUGCUGUUCCACAAAAUUGCUCUUAUUUGCAUUUUGAAACACACAACUGUCCAGGUCUUAGUGCUGGUAGGAAGUGAAGUAAAAAGAGGUUGGAAACUUUACAAUCAGACUAGAGCAGCAAUGAUAACUUUGACAUUUAUGGCUUCAGAUGAGCAGGACACAUUUUCCUCAGUGUUCCUUAGACUUACGUAGACCAUUUUAGUGAGUUACACACCAAUGUGUAAAACAAUAGAAAUAAAUUCCUCAUAGAUAUUCUUUAUUAUAACCAGGCCAAAUAUUUAAACUAAGGAUGGAAUUAUUUUACAGAUACUGAACUUCAGUCUGUCAUCCUUUAAGCAGCUAAAUCCAAUAUUUUUAUAUUAACAAUGAAUCACAUGACUUCCUGUGAAUGUGAAAUGGGUCAUAGACACAAAGCCUCAGAGAAUUAUCACCCGACUGUCAACUCUAUAAACCUUUAUAGCGACUUUAAGCUCAUUGUUUUGGUUUACUGGCCUGCAGCUUUACUAUUUUGGUUCACUCUCACUGCUCUCAUAGUGUUGUUUUCGGGUGCAGCAGGCAGCUGUUUUCAGUGAAAAAGCUCUAAAAAUCCACUGCACACUAUCUGCCCAGUACUAAACAGCAGGCAGACACAGUUAGCGACUAGCUGGUGAACAUAGUGGAGCAUUUAGCAGCUAAAGAGCCAGAUAUAUCCCUCAGGAGUGUGUGGAGACCAAAAACAGAGUUAAAAGGUGAGUGUAUACUGGACUUACAUUCAUCAGGUGGACACAAACAUGACUCCAAAUAAAUGCUUUUGUUGCUCCGUGACUGCUGGAUUGCUAAAUAGGCAACUGUUUACUAACAUGUAGCCAUAUCAACUUAAAGGUGAUAAUAUGUCUGUACUGUGUUUACAUGUUGUUUCAGUUGCGCCCUAGGCGCCAAAAAAACCCUGUAAUUUCAGGAUUAAAUAUAACAAAAACUUUUUUCUUUCUUUUUUGAAGAAUUAAUGGCUGGGAUAAAGAGAAUUUAAUGUUCCUGAGCCAGCUAUCCAGACCUGAUUCUGAAAAUAUGAUAGAAUUACUGGGAAAAGAAAACAUAUCACAUCCUUUCAGUGAUAAUUUUCUCUAGUUUGCAUAAUUUUAUCUUCGACAUGUAUGAUGUAUUAUGUGUAAUAAAUGUAUUGAUUAUGAGAGAUGAUUGUGAAGGUGCUCUGGCAUACAUUGUAUUAUUAAUAAAAGCCUGUAUACUUUCAAAUUUGCCAACCUUAUAUUUUAUAAAUAAAUCAUGUUUAACAUUA